AGAUCCCUUGGAGUUCCAGACUGCAGUGAGCCGUUAUUGCGCCACUGCACUCAGACCUAGGCGACAGAGCGAGACCCUGUCCCCCACGCCCAAAAAAUCGUAUUUCCUGAGGGAACAGUUCCAACUAAACAUCCCACUUUGUGCGUAACUUUACAUUCAAUCCAUCAUCACCUCAAGAACAAAAUGUUCUUUCUCCGCCUCAAACAUGGAGGAGAGAAAAACAGAAGUUCUCUCAAACCCACCGAGCACGCUGUUUUCCUGAGACGGAAAAGAAGGAUAACAGCCGCUACGGCGCACAGCCUGUAGGGGAGGACGGCAGCCAGGAAAGGCCAAACUUAGCCGCAGUAGCGCCGGGGCGCGCUCGCGGCCCACGGCGUCCCACGUCGUCCCACGUAAGCCUUGUCCCGGCAGAGCUUCACGAGAGGAAAGGCGGGAUUCAGGGUGGGCGCGUGCCCUACGAAGACGAAACGAACUUUGAAGACAACUAGAGGAGCUCGCCCCCUGCCUGUGACAGCUUAGGGUCGCCUACUUUUUGUGGACACACUGCCGUCCACGGAGUGCAGAGGCCGCCUGCAGUUUUCUUGCGUCCCUGUGAGACGCACGGUGGCGCAAUUCCCGAGCGUGCCAAUCCCGGGCUGGCUGGAGGGCGGGCUCUUCAAAUUUGAAUUGCGGAAGUGUUUUGUGUGUUAGAGAACGUCGCGGAGGAGGUAAGCGUCGGUUGGCGCCUGGCCGCCGCGGGCAGGAUCCACCGUGGGCCUGAGGCGCGAGCCCGGCGGCGUGCGGCCCUCUCUCCGCGCGGAGCCGAGCCGGAACUGCGGCAGUCUCUCCCUGCCAGGCUCUUCAUCCAAGGUUUCUGUGGAUCCCUUCUGAAGUUCUAUCUGAAAAUUGCGCUUAAGUGAAUUUUCUGUUAGAAGAACUUGGUUGCUACUCUCUGGUCAAGAUGAUUGCAACACCUUUGAAACAUUCAAGAAUUUACUUACCUCCAGAGGCAUCUUCUCAAAGGAGAAAUCUACCCAUGGAUGCAAUCUUUUUUGACAGCAUUCCAUCAGGCACACUUACUCCUGUAAAAGAUUUGGUGAAAUAUCAGAACUCCUCCUUAAAAUUGAAUGACUAUAAAAAGAAUCAGUUCCUAAAAAUGACAACUUUUAACAAUAAAAAUAUAUUUCAAUCAACUAUGCUAACAGAGGCUACUACCUCUAACAGUUCUCUUGAUAUCAGUGCUAUAAAGCCCAACAAGGAUGGAUUAAAAAAUAAAGCAAACUAUGAAUCACCAGGAAAAAUAUUUCUAAGAAUGAAAGAAAAAGUACUGCGUGACAAGCAAGAACAGCCAUCAAGAAACAGUAGUUUGUUGGAACCACAGAAAAGUGGAAAUAAUGAAACCUUCACUCCUAACAGAGUUGAAAAAAAAAAAUUGCAGCAUACCUACCUAUGUGAAGAAAAGGAAAACAACAAAUCAUUCCAGUCAGAUGGCAGUUCACUAAGAGCCUCAGUCCAAGGAGUUCCUCUAGAAUCAUCAAAUAAUGAUAUUUUCCUCCCGGUCAAACAAAAGAUUCAGUGCCAGCAGGAAAAGAAAGCACCACUGCACAAUUUAACUUACGAACUUCCAACUCUGAACCAAGAACAGGAAAAUUUUUUGGCUGCAGAAGCCCGAAACAAGACAUUAACUAGAGCUCAGUUGGCUAAACAAAUUUUUCACUCAAAGGAGAGUAUAGUUGCAACCACUGAGUCCAAAAAGGACACGUUUGUUUUAGAAAGCGUUGAUUCUGCUGAUGAACAAUUUCAAAAUACUAAUGCUGAGACUCUUAGUACUAAUUGUGUUCCUAUUAAAAAUGGCAGCCUGUUAAUGGUUUCUGAUAGUGAGAGGACAACAGAAGGGACUUCGCAACAGAAAGUUAAGGAAGGAAAUGAAAAAACAGUGCCUGGAGAGACAGGUCUUCCAGGUUCCAUGAAAGAUACAUGUAAAAUUGUACUUGCAACACCAAGACUUCAUAUAACAAUACCUCGGAGGUCAAAAAGAAAUAUUUCAAAGCUUUCUCCUCCAAGAAUAUUUCAAACUGUUACAAAUGGAGUUAAAAAAAAUCAGGUAGUUCAGCUACAGGAAUGGAUGAUUAAAAGCAUCAAUAAUAAUACUGCUAUAUGUGUAGAAGGAAAAUUGAUAGACGUCACUAACAUAUAUUGGCACAGUAAUGUAAUUAUAGAGCGGAUUGAGCACAACAAACUUAGGACUAUAUCAGGCAACGUUUAUAUAUUAAAAGGCAUGAUAGACCAAAUUUCCAUGAAAGAAGCAGGAUAUCCAAAUUAUCUCAUAAGGAAAUUUAUGUUUGGAUUUCCAGAAAAUUGGAAAGAGCACAUUGAUAAUUUUCUGGAACAAUUAAGGGCUGGUGAAAAGAACAGGGAAAAGACCAAACAAAAACAGAAAACUGGAAGAUCUGUCCGUGACAUAAGGAAAUCAAUGAAAAAUGAUGCACGAGAAAACCAAACAGAUACCGCUCAAAGAGCCACCACCACUUACGAUUUUGAUUGUGAUAACUUGGAACUGAAGAGUAAUAAGCACAGUGAGUCACCAGGAGCUACAGAAUUAAACAUGUGCCACAGUAAUUGCCAAAAUAAACCAACAUUAAGGUUCCCAGAUGACCAAAUAAAUAAUACUAUUCAAAAUGGAGGAGGAGAUGACUUAUCUAAUCAGGAAUUAAUUGGAAAAAAAGAAUAUAAAAUGUCUUCAAAGAAACUAAAAAUUGGUGAAAGAACAAAUGAAAGGAUAAUAAAAAGUCAGAAGCAAGAGACAACUGAAGAAUUGGAUGUAUCCAUUGAUAUUCUAACCUCAAGGGAACAGUUUUUCUCAGAUGAAGAAAGAAAAUACAUGGCCAUCAAUCAGAAGAAAGCUUAUAUUUUAGUAACACCACUUAAAUCUAGAAAAGUGAUAGAGCAAAGAUGCAUGAGGUAUAAUCUGUCCGCUGGCACCAUCAAAGCAGUAACAGAUUUUGUAAUACCAGAGUGUCAAAAAAAAAGUCCCAUCAGCAAGUCCAUGGGGACUUUAGAAAAUACAUUUGAAGGUCAUAAAAGUAAAAACAAGGAAGAUUGCGAUGAACGUGACUUACUUACUGUCAACCAGAAAAUAAAAAUAUCUAACCUUGAAAAGGAACAAAUGCUCACCUCUGACUUUAAGAAAAAUACCAGACGAUUACCAAAAUUGAAGAAAAUAGAAAAUCAGGUAGCUAUGUCAUUUUAUAAGCAUCAGUCCUCACCAGAUUUGUCAAGUGAAGAAAGUGAAACAGAAAAGGAAAUUAAAAGGAAAGCUGAAGUUAAGAAAACCAAAGCAGGAAACACCAAAGAAGCAGUGGUUCACCUGAGAAAGAGCACAAGAAACACAAGUAAUAUUCCAGUGAUUUUGGAACCUGAAACUGAAGAAAGUGAAAAUGAAUUUUAUAUCAAACAAAAGAAAGCUAGACCUUCCGUCAAAGAAACUCUUCAGAAGUCUGGUGUUAGGAAAGAGUUUCCAAUUACUGAGGCAGUAGGAUCUGAUAAGACAAAUAGGCAUCCCUUAGAAUGCUUACCUGGUUUAAUUCAGGAUAAGGAAUGGAAUGAGAAGGAGUUACAGAAACUUCAUUGUGCUUUUGCAUCUCUUCCAAAGCACAAACCUGGUUUCUGGUCAGAUGUAGCUGCGGCUGUAGGUUCUCGAUCUGCUGAAGAAUGCCAGAGGAAAUACAUGGAAAAUCCCAGAGGAAAAGGAUCCCAGAAACAUGUCACUAAGAAGAAGCCAGCCAAUUCCAAACGCCAAAAUGGCAAGAGAGGUGAUGCUGAUCAGAAACAAACUAUUAAGAUAACUGCCAAAGUGGGAACUCUUAAAAGGAAGCAACAGAUGAGGGAAUUUCUGGAACAGUUGCCAAAAGAUGACCAUGAUGAUUUUUUCAGUACAACACCUUUACAGCAUCAAAGAAUACUGUUGCCAAGUUUCCAGGACAGUGAAGAUGAUGAUGAUAUUCUGCCAAAUAUGGACAAAAAUCCAACAACUCCAUCAUCAGUUAUCUUUCCAUUGGUAAAAACUCCUCAAUGUCAGCAUGUCAGUCCUGGCAUGCUAGGUUCUAUAAAUAGGAAUGACUGUGAUAAAUAUGUUUUUCGUAUGCAAAAAUAUCAUAAAAGUAAUGGUGGUAUUGUCUGGGGCAACAUCAAGAAAAAAUUAGUUGAAACUGAUUUCUCAACUCCAACACCAAGAAGGAAAACCCCAUUUAACACAGACUUAGGAGAAAACUCUGGUAUUGGAAAACUUUUCACUAAUGCUGUGGAAUCUUUAGAUGAAGAAGAGAAAGAUUAUUAUUUUUCGAACUCUGAUUCUGCAUAGUAAAAUGAGAAAAUAUGAUUCCUGGGAUUUUUACCAUAAAGCAGACAGUGUGUUUGUAUUUUCAACUGGAGUACAUGUAUUUUCUUUGUAAAGUAGCUUCCUAUGAAAAUGUGGACUUUUUUGAAGGUUUCAUAUGUUUGUGUUCAAAGUAAAAUAUCCUCAUUGCUGCAGCUUACUAAAAAUGUAAAGAAAAUUGUUUUUGCUCGUGUAGAUAUCUGUAAAUUUGUUUUUGCAUAUUAAAAUAUAUAUAGAUAAUUUUUUAAUAAGCAUCCAAGUCUGUUUACUUUAAGAAAAUCAUUUCCCAAACAGAUUUUUUUUUUUAUUUCAAGAAAAUUUUGCUACCAUUUAAGUAAGAGAAGGUGAGAAGGAUGACAGAGGUUGUAUUGGUAGCUAUUGAAUUCAUGAAAACUUUUAAGUUAGCAUUUGUUACCAGUUAUUAUCCAAGCCAGAGUAGGAUUUGUUACCAGUUGUUAUCCAAACCUAAUGUUUAAAUUACACAUCGUUGAAAUUAAAUUACACAUUGUUGACAUGCUUCUCUCCUGAUUGUUUUUAUUUUAAACUUGUGAUAGGCAUAUCUAUGAAACCUAUGUAAAUUUAGUUUAUUGCUUUACCAUUAUUUUACUAGGUAAAAUUAGAGAACAGAUUUUGUUCUCUAAUUUUUAAGCCUUAUUUACAUAUGCAGAAACAGCUUAAAUAUUUUGACUAGAUUAGACAAACAGUUAAUAGAUCCACCAUUAGGAAUCAAUAUAUUAUGUCAUAAUAAACAUCCUUUUUCUAUCACUGAAAUUUCUUUUAGAAAUAAACUUAUUUUUGCUUGUUAUGUUUUGAAACUUGACAUAGGAUAUUUUCCCUCUGGCUACACAUUCACCUACCUUUGUUCUCUAUUUAGAUUAUUAAAAUAAAGUUAGUUUGCUUUUAUAGUA